AUGAUGGCACGAAUACAUUUGAUUGUAGCCGCUCUGAGCGUGCUUCUGGCCCUGGUGUCGGCAACCUGUGAGUGCUGCUGUGCUUUCGGCUCGCUGCGUGAAAGUCUUGCUGACGAGGGCAAUGAGCCCUUUCCAGCUGCGCCCUCCUUUUGCAAAUGCACCUGUUUCAAGAACAGCACCAUCAUACCUCUGAACCCGCCGCACGAGCAGACGCCGUCCGACGGCACUGGUGGGCAGUCUGUUGGCCUCGCCCGCCGCUGGUCCCCGGCCUCGGAUGGCGCCGGCGCUCUCCAACAAGACUGGGCUGCGACAGAAGCACAGCUCGACCGUCGUGCUACUGGCGACAACACAUCUUCUAUCCUCCUCGCGCGUGCCGGUGCCGCCUCCUGCAGCCGCUGCAACCGCGCAUACUGCCUCAGCUCUGGCUUGCCCAUCUGUCGCGACGCCGAAGAGAAGGACGUGGUGGCGGCGUGUUUCCAGCGCGACAGCCGCAAGGACCAGAUCAUCGUGUGGUGCUUCCUCAUUGGCACCAGUGGCUUGCUCGGCUGGGCAGCCGUAAAACACCUGGUGGCCGCGCGGGCGGCACGAGCGACUGCCGCACUGGACUCGCCGUUGGGUGGCCAUGGCGGCCGACGCCGGGCUGAGUCGAGCCCAGGGUUCUUCCGGCGGGUAGCAGACAUACUCCGUAUAAGCAGGCGUGGAAGUGGCGCAGGGGGCAGCAGCGGAGGUGGCGGUGGAAACGCUGGCGGCCUACGAAAUCCAUUCUCACCGAGGACAACAGAGCUGCGCGGGCAAUACUCGCCGCUGGCUGGUGGCGUCACCGACUGA